UUUAAAUUUAAAGGAACUUCUUGCAUGGCAUGGCAUUAGCAAAGACUUCCGAUAACACCUAACUUUCCCACUUCCCUGGGAUGCCUGAGUAGCACUGUGGCAGAACCGCAUCUCUUCCCGCCCUGGGUUGAUACAUUUGGACAGCUUGCUUUUUAUCACCUGGGCUGAAGGGCAUGAGGACAGUACAUUGUAGGGCAGUAUUAUAAAGGGUAACUUUACUUUUUAGCACUUAGGCAAUAUGCUUCAAAGAUAAAAAUAAAAUUAAAACAAGGGUACUUUUGGACUUUAACAGAUUAUUAAUUGUGCUGUUCUAAUGGUUGUGGCAGACCAACUUUGUGUUUUUCAGAACACUGUUUAUUGAUAAGUGUGCGCACACACACAUACAUACGUAUACAUGGGACUUUUCUGUUGUGAUGUGCUUUUAGGAAGUUCGUUUCUUCUCAUGUUCAUAAUUGCUAUUUGUAACCUGGUCUCUGAUCCUACAGCCUCUCCAUAUGUGUAUGUAAAGUUCAUGGGAAAGCAUCAAUUACAAUAAGGCUGCUGCAGGAUUUAGCUUUGAAAUGAUUGAUUUAUCACAGUGUUGGCGUCUUGGUUUAAUUACUAAGUCUUUGGGUGAUGACUGAUAGAGUGGUUGGAAAACAGACUGGUGAUAUACCUGAACUAAUGAUUACUCACCCACACUAAACAUAAUUCAUCCAGAUAGUUCCUCCUCCUGAUGAAAGGCAUUUGACAAUGAGCCUUAGCAGAGGCUUUGGCUUUUUCCUGAUUAUAGUCACAUUUUCUCUUUUGUGUAUGCAAAUUAAAUCCUUAAUAAACAUUAAAUACUAAAUCAAUUUAAGUUUAUUUAUGUGAUGCUUUGGGGAAAUAUUUUCAUAUUUACAAAAACUUCUCCAAACAUAGCCUAAAUAGACUUUUGUCUAUAAUCCAGCUGACAAUUAUUCUCCUCCACCGUGUGUUUUACUUCUCCCAAGCAGUAGAAACUAGAAAGGAAGGAAAGUAUUGUUUUGCACCUAGUAAACUAGCACAGUUUUUCUGUCCAGGUGCUGCAGUCUACCCAGAAACAAAGACCAUGGCUGCUUACAGUGGAAUCUACUGUCUAAAAAUUCCACACCGUUUCAGGUUAUUGUUUAGGGAGCCCUGUGAUUGCUUCACAAUUGUAAAAGGAAGUGCUACAGGCAGAGUAGUAGAUACUUGCAUUAUUAUAACGUUUUUGCAAUGGAGCAGUGACAAAAAUCAGCUUGUCUCAUUUUUUAAUGAUUCCAAACUUGGUCCUUCUAUAAGCUUCACCUCUGUGGGUGCUGCGGUAGGGCUCAAUGACUGACCCAAAGACAUCAUUUUAAAAAGUGAGAGUGUUAAACCUUGGGACCAGAGCAUCAGAGGUGUGAGAACAUGUCCCAGUUACUGUUCUGCUGCCUUCUGCAGGGAUGAAACUGGAGACUGAAAACGUGAGUGAAGGUCUAUUGGAAAACUGCUUGUGAGAGAGAAUUGGUGCAAGCUGGCUUAGAGGUGGUGACUGCAUGUUUCACUCUGGUCUCACUAUGUAGCCCAGACUCACCUUGAACUCCUACACUUAAUGCUCAGCUCUCAAAGGCUUGGAUUACAGGGUCGGUGCACUCGAGAGAACUGCAAGUACCUACACCCCCCACCCCACUUAAAAUCGCAGCUGGAAAUUAAUGGGAAGAACCAUCUGAUUCAACGGAAGACUGCCGCAGCCAUGUUCGCCCAGCAGAUGCAGCUUAUGCUCCAGAAUGCUCAGAUGUCAUCCCUUGCAUCUUUUCCUAUGAAUCCAUCACUUGCAGCUAAUCCUGCCAUGGCUUUCAAUCCCUACAUGCCUCAUCCUGGGAUGGGCCUGGUUCCUGCUGAACUUUUACCGAAUACUCCAGUUCUGUUUUCUGGAAACCCACCUCUUGCAUUGCCAGGAGUUCCUGCCCCAAAACCAACUCGUACUGAUAGACUGGAGGUUUGCCGUGAAUUUCAGCGUGGAAAUUGUACCCGUGGGGAGAGUGAUUGCCGCUAUGCUCACCCUACGGAUGUUUCUAUGAUUGAAGUGUCUGAUAAUAGUGUGACAAUCUGCAUGGAUUACAUUAAAGGCCGAUGCUCCCGGGAGAAAUGCAAGUACUUUCAUCCUCCUCCACACCUGCAAGCCAAACUCAAGGCAGCUCAUCACCAGAUGAACCACUCAGCUGCUGCUGCAAUGGCUCUGCCACCUGGUGCACUUCAACUGAUGCCAAAGAGGUCAGCCCUUGAAAAGAACAAUGGUGCCACCCCAGUCUUUAAUCCCAAUGUUUUCCACUGCCAACAGGCUCUAGCUAACAUGCAGAUUCCGCAGCCGGCAUUUAUCCCUACAGGGCCAAUACUGUGCAUGGCACCCGCUUCAACUUUUGUGCCCAUGAUGCACGGUGCUACACCUUCCACUGUGUCUGCAGCAACAACACCUGCCACCAGCGUUCCCUUCGUUCCAACAACUACAGGCAAUCAGAUGACCCAAUUAUCAAUAGAUGAGCUGAAUAGGAGCAUGUUUGUUUCACAGAUGUAGAAGUUACCAGUAGAACAUUGAAAUUCUGAGCAGCAGAGUUGCAGAGUACCAGAAUCUCUCAAGAAGAAACUCCUUAUGGCCUUUCUAUGUAUAUUCUCGUAUGCCCUCUUCUACCAACACAACAAUAAGCAUGGUGCAGUCAAUAUAUUAAAGCACAUACAUAAGUCAAAAAAUUCAAAUUUAAAAUAAAGCAUUCCAAAAUCUGUGAAGUUGUUAAAGCAAAUAGAAAAUUGACCUCUGUGUUACCUAGUAUGGAUUAUUAAUUGUAAAAGAAUUAGCAUAUAGAAUACAACCAUACAGCUUUGUCAUUGAUAUGAAUUAUCAGAUUCAUAUUACUGAAUUAUCCGUCUGACAUGAUAAUAAAAUUUAAGGAUUUUUUUUCUAACAGUGAUUUAUGUUCAAUGAACUUCCACAGUGUACUGUAGGCUUACUGUACAUUCUUGGUGGAUUAAGUCUGUUUUUGAAGUGUUACCUUACUGUUUGUUUACAGGAUAGUGUAUUGGAUUGAUGUAGAAUGUAACUAAUAUGUCCAGUACCAUUUCCCCCGUUGAUAUAUUGUAUUAAAUUGGGUUCUGUUUAGCUUUCCCAUGCUAGUGUUUUGUUGUUUAUACGUGGUGUUUGAUUUCAAUUAAAUGUCAUUAGUGGGAACAGAGGUAUAUGUGAUUGAAAAACAUGACAGGUUCAUCUUAAUAUGCAUUCUUUAAAACAUUUCUGUAAGUUUCUUGACAUAUACAUUUAAAAGGCCUCACUUUUGAGUGUACACAAAACCUGUUCAUAGAAUUUUACAUGUAGAUCUGACCUUGCAUAGUCAAUAAUAUACUCAAAUUUUUAAAAGAGAAAAAUAAUUACUGACAUAUGAUAGCAAAGUUCACAUGUUAACCUCAGACCAUUCCUUUUAAAUAAAUUCAAAGUAUUCACAUUCCAAUAAAUUUCUGAGCAUGUAUAAAAAGUAUGUAGAGUAGCUGUUACAAUUAUUGUGUCACAGGAAUCCUAUUUCUCAGCUUGAGUGUCUAAAAUUGAGCUAUUUGUCAUCUUCAGUUGAGAAACUGGUACUUACUAGUUUAAAGGUAUGCUAAUCAUAGGUUAUAAAGUAAGCAGAGAGAUGUGGGCGUGGAAGACAGUUUUUAUGUACUGGCAGAAAGUGUGUAAAACCUUUGCAUUGUAACCUUUUGCACAAAUGCCAUUUUCUAAAUGCAAAUGGCUCAUGCUCUUUAAACUGUACUUUGAAUAAUAAGUAAGAUACAAUCUAGCAAAAGUCAAUCCAGGUGAAAGAGAAUUGUUUCCAAAUGAGGCCUUACCUCCCCAAAUGGACAAUCUUUUCUAUUGAUCACAGAAGGAGGCUGAGUACAAGUCUGGAAAAAUGGCAGGGAUGGGACAGGGAGAGAUUUAAAAUGACUGAUUAUGCAAAAGAACUAGGAAAGGUUUCCACAAUUGUCUUUCACUUCAUUUUAGCCGAGUUUCCAGUUUUCUUCAAGCUGCAGUGAAGUAGCAAGCUUUGACAAGUUUUCCCUGCCCAAACUUUAACAUCAGAGUUGGGGGGGAGGGUGUUGGUUUGUCUCAGAACAAAACCUAUUUUUUUCUCAUUUGAGCUUAUAUGUCUUUAUGUGUGAUUCAAAAUUAUAGUCAGUUUACCAUCAUGUGGCUAAUAUAGACUAGCAAUAUCCCAUGGAGGUGUGGUAUGAAUUCUUCUUACUAAUAUGCUUGAAAUAAUCUCACAAAUAUCAAAUAGUAAUACAUCUAUUUCUGUGACAUAUAAUGUACCUUAUCUACUUCAUGGUUAUUAACAUUACUAUUAUUAUAACAUGGAGGAAACAUUUUCCAACAGCUUAAGUAGACUUAAUAUUUUCUACUCAAUAUAUAUUCUCCCAUUGGAAAGUAUAAUAUCAAAUUUUUGGAUGUAUAAAGGUUUUUUUACUUCAUAAAAAUCACAAGAAAAGAGAACAUUUGGGAUACCUUAAGACAGGUAGUUGGAUUGAUUUUCAGAACAGUGGAGUUGGCAAAGACUUUAUUGCCUUUUCCACGGCUGAUAGACACACAGGCCAUGUGACUUGCCUAAGGCUGCCUAGCCGUUGUGGGAACCAAUUGUUCCUUCUUUUUGCAUUUUUCUUUGGAACAUUUGAGACUCCAACCCAAAGCAGAUCAGAUUGGCUCAGAAUAUAAAAAAGCAAAAUUACCUCUAGUGGUUCCUAUCCUGUUGAUCUUAACUAUCCAGGUGAGUCCUGGUCCCCACUGAUUUCUAAAUAGUCUUGUUUGUAUAUUGGACCUCUGCCCUUUGUUAACUAUUGCCUGAAGUUAGAGAUUGAGAGUUGUGUGCCCUUUUACCUGUGGGCUCUUUGAACCAAUUAAUUUCUGUUUUCUAAAAUCAUAAUUCCAUAAAGAAUGUAUCUGAGCUAAUCUAGAUGUAGUUCUUAAUGGAUAUGGGAACAUUUUGUGCAAAAUGAACUUUUUGUAGUUUGACAUUUUAGUGCAAAAAUACUAUCUCAUUUAACUUCUUAAACUUUUGAGAAAAUAGAUGAAACACUUAGAGUAGAGCUGUUCUCAUGUUGCUCUAAGCACUGGAAGAUACUGACAUUGACUUAGUUUUAGGAUGAGAUUCAGUGAGGAACAUUCAGGGUAGUUGUCUUUUUGGUGCAACAUGUUUCUAUGACAUUUUAAAAGUUGCUAUGUACGUGAAGUUUAAGAAAGCAAGCUCAAAGCUCAAACAUUUCGAUCCAAUUUUACUGAGUUUUGAGGGAAAUGAAACUUUAAGUUGGCACUCUUUAGUUGUGCAAUGACAAAUGAUCUUAUUGAAGAAAAAACAAGUCAUUCGACUAUAAAUUGAAUUAACAAAACAAGUCACAAUGAAUCAGUGACUCUAAACAAAAAUUUACUAAAUCAUUUGUAAAUAAACUAAAUUCUAAUCAAUUGUGAUUCUUAGUUAGCAUUUUGUAGUCUUUGCGUUUUAUAGUGACCUCUGUUUUUAUUUCUCCAAAAUUAUUGGUUUUGUUCAUCUUCUCAGCCUUUUGCCAAAAUUUGCAAGAGCACUGAAACUUGAAUAAAACGUGUCAAAUAUACAGAUAAGCAAUCUAAACAUGUCAUUUAAGAAGGGCCUAGUAGUUUCAGUUUUUACAAAAAGCACUAUGAGACCAUAAUACUUUAAAUAAGGACUAAAAUUAAGUUAAUUCAUAAGAUUACUACUUAAAUACAGCAUUUACUUUUGAAAUUGGAGCAUGAAUCCACACUCAGCUAUUGCUUUUGAGUCAUUUUUCUAGAUUAAUUUUUAAUCUGCAUCUGGUCACGUAAGCAGUCUUCUUCCUGUUCCAUCCAUCUUGCUCAUCCAUUUCUGAGCAUGUUAAGGCAUUUUGAUCUUGCCAUAAGUGUUGUCCACUAAUGGGAGCCCUCGCUCCCCUGCUCUCCAGGAAAAAGCCAGUACCUGCUCUCAGCUAUCAGCAGGAACCAAAUGAAUUAAUGUGUUUGGUUUGAAUUAGCUUUGACUGGCAUGCCGAGUGAGGAAGGAACAGCAUCCACACUACAUUGUAGGAAAUGAUGGAGGCUGCUGAGGCAGCUCGUAUGCUAGUUGGACUGCCAGUUGUUUCUUUUCCGCGUCUCUGAAGAGCGUUGGUAAGAUGACCUCAGGUGGAAUACAGCCCAAGUUUGCUGAGACCUGUCAGUCUGUGGGAUGCGCUGUGGUAUGCAGAAUGAUUAGUAAUUGUAGUUCUCUUUCCCCUUUAAAUAAAAGCUCUUCUACAUGUCACUUAAUGCAAAUAAGUAAAAUUGGGCGGUUCAAUUCCCAUCUCUGAUUUGUAGAUUUAAUAAGAUAGUGGCCUAAUUUUACCAGUGCCUGUCAGAGGUAGUAGAAUGAAAUAGGCAAAAGAGUUUAAUUUUUUUGCAAGUUUAGCAGAUAGUCUAAUCAAACUGUAAAUAUAAUUACAAAUAUAGGCUCCAAGUACCAAGUCAAUAAUUGGUGUCAUGUUUUCAUUUUUUAUUGUUUUUAAGGUUUUUAUUGUGCUACAUUUUUAUAUCUAAGUAACUAAGGGAUUUAAUUUUGAAGAAGAGUUAGAGCAAGUUUAAAAUUUUACUACAUUUAUUCAAACCAUUUAUUAAAGCUCUAAACUGACACUGUAGCAUAACACGGUAUAGAUUACAGUCCAUAACUACACUCUACAAUUUACAGUUUAAGAAUAAAUUUAGCUUUGUAUACAAAUAAUAGUUGUCAGCUAAAUAUAUUUACUUGUUGUUUUGGCAACAAAACUGCAACAUGGCUACCUUUAGACAUAUGUGCAUGUAAAACUUAUUGGUAAGCGAUAUGUGGUUCAUGACAGUGCAAAAAUAUAGAAGAUACAGCGCAAAACUGAUGAUGUUUCUGAAGCCCUGAGUUCCAUGUGAAAACUGGAUUUGUUUCCUCUUGUAGCCUUUUGUUUAAAAAAGUUUAUAACACAUGGAACUUUAUAGUACAAAGAAUUAGUUCUGUUGGUAGGGUUGAUACAGUAUUUUGACACCAGAACAAGCCUGUCAUAUAAAUAAAUAUAUAUAUAUAUAUUACCUGACUUCUUUUUCAUAAAUUCAUUCAAAAUUAUCUAUUAAUGUAGUAUCUGUAGCUACAAGAAUAAUCCUAUUUUCUGGAAUUAUAUACAAAAAUAUGUGAAGAUUAAAGCAUAGCGCAAUGUUUAGAAAUUAACUCAUAUUAGUGACACCACACAUAAAGAUACUAUAGAAUGACCCCAAACAGUGUUAAGAAGCAUAUGCUGCAGUUAUCUAACUGUCUCAGUUAGGGUGCGAAUGUGUGAGACACACCUUUUUUGCACUUAUGUACAUAGUCCAUGAAAGCAAUCCUUGGAGCUUUUUAAAAUAUAAGAAGUCUGUGGUAAUAGCAUGUUUGGGAGAAUGGUUUCUGUGGGUUUGAGAAAGAAGGGAGUUAUUCUUUGCUCUGAGAAUUAACAAAAACAUAGUGUUGUGGACGCUUGCAAGUUUGCUACAGUUCACCAGAAGCUCAGCCUGCUAACAUACACCAGAUCCCCCUUAACAGCACUGAGCAAAAGGACAAAGUACUUCUUUUAGUAAGGCUACUACUAGCAGAGGCUAUUUGUUUUGUGGGUUAAUUCCCACUGCACACACACACACACGACACUCAUGCAUGUACCACAUAAUGGAUAAGCUUCCCAGCAGAGGUUUUCUGUUUUCAAUUGUAAAAAGCAGUAAAAAAUACUCUGUCCUUACAAAAUAGUUAUUUGCACAUCUGGUUGAAACAGACUUUAUCCUUCAUAGUUAAUAUAUACAUCAAUUAAUAGGGAUUUAAGUGACAAAUUGUUACUGUUUUAACUAAGCAGAAGAAAACCAACCCAAAAUUAACAUAACAUGGAAGUUGGCAGACAAUGUCAAUCUGUAACCCACUCUGUCAGUUUUCACUCUGCACUUACAGAUGGCCAAGGAACUUGAUUGGUGUUCCUCCUCAAGGCACUGAGGUUUAGCAAUGGUGGAAGUCUGAAAAGUUAAGGAAUGGAUUACCUUGGCACACUAGGGAAGGACCCGCCCUAGGCUGAAGGUAGUUCUUGUGAAAUGCUGCUACCCAUACUGCUAACUCUUGGAUUAAAAAGAGCUACCGCCAUAGCUCAGUGGUAGAGCACUUGCCUAGAUGAGUGAGGCCCUGGAUUCCAUCCCCAGCACUCCAAAAGGGAAACAAAGGAAGAAAACAAGAGAAAGGUAGAAAACAAACCAAAACCAGAAAACAACCCAAGCCUUAGAUGUAUCCCAUAGCUCAGGGCCAUUUGGCUAAAAAGUCCUCUUCUUUUUCCCUCAGCUCCUGAUCACUUAAGAUUCAACCAUCCCAAACAUCAUGACAAUCUGAGCAAUCAUUUUGGCCAAUAGAAAAUGUAAACAGAUAUUUACUUUGUAGUUAGGAAUGCCCACUUCAGCCUUAUUACCCCCACGAUUUCACUUUGUCUUUAUGUGGACAUUCCCUUGUGAAUUUGUAUUUCAUAAAAAUAUUUUCUCAUAAGGUCAACAGAGGAAAUUUUAUGUGGUACUGGGAAUAUAGCUCAGGGCUUUGUGUGCUGUGCAAGUACUCUAACAACGUGUCUAUUCAGAUAUGAGUUAAAUCCAGAACUAGCAACCAUGAAUUAGUGUGGAUAAGCCUUGAAGCAUCACAAAAGAUAGCCAAUGGAUUUAUAACAUGUGCAUGCUCACAGCCACUUGGUCACAUACUGAAGCUUAAACAUAGAGACUGUAUUUAAAGCAGUAAGGCAAGAUAGAGAAUUAACUAUAACAAAUGCAUAUGACUAAAGCCAAAAUGACAUCAAUUGGUAUUAAUUUAUGACUAAUUCAUAAUUUAUAGCCCCUCUAUCUGCCCUUGCCUAUGAGUGAUUUACUCACUGACAUUAAAAAAUCUGAAUUAUUCCAGAGAAAUUUUAUGUUUAUUACAAUUCCUCAAUUGUAGUGUACCUAAAAUUGAAGAGUGCUUUUGUCUGAAAUAAGCUGCCACUCUUUAUAGAUACUACAAGAAUCUUCACUAAUACUCUUUUACAUCAUGUUACUUUUAAAAAUACCUCUGUAGCAAGGCCUAAAAGAAUUAAGCAAGCUUUUUUAUCCCAAACACACAGCCUUAAGACUGUCAUAGAACUACAUGGUUCCAAAGCUUUAUUUCUGUAUACAGAUGCUAUCUGUUAAUGACAGAAACCAAACUGUUUUGUUGCUGUGUCUGUGUCUAGCAGUUGAGUGAAUGAUACGGCCAUCCAUUUCAUUAGAUUCUGGGAAUAACCUUUUCAAAAUAAGUUCCUUUUAUUAUUAUAGCUAUUGCUUUAGUUACAAAACUGAGCCAUUUGCUCCCAAAUUACAAUAAUUGAAAUGAGUCCAUUUUUUAAAAAAUGAGGUCUCACUCACUAUGCUGUGUAACCUAGUCCAGAUUCCAUGACUUAAAUGAAUUGAUUCUUCCAUCUCAGCCUUCCAGGUGGCUUAUUUUGUUUAAAAUGAUGAGCUAUGUUACUCCCUUGUCUAAUUUUAAAGGAACAAUUUAUACCUUCAUCUAACAAUGAUCUGGAUUAUAGAAAGUGGAAGAAUUAUUUUGGGGAGAAAAAUGGCAAUUUAAGAAUGCUAUAAUAAUGGAGUGGUGGUGGCACAAGCCUUUAAUUCCAACACUUGGGAGGCAGAGGCAGGUGGAUCUCUGUGAGUUCAAGAUCAGCCUGGUCUACACAGAGAGUUCCAGGACAGCCAGGCUACACAGAAAGACCCUGUCUUGAAAAAAAAAAGAAUGCUACAGUAAGAAAAUUCUUGGCACUGUGCAACAAUUAAGCACUUACGAAAUGACCAAAAUAUUUUACAAAUAAAAAUUGUUCACAUAAUAUUUUGUCCCCAAAUGCAGUAAUUCAUUCCCUCAACUGCAAAUGUUUGGACUUUUUCAAGUUACAGUGUUGUAUUCCGUGUUUGUGUUUAGAAGUGUGCAUUAUAUAGCACAUUUUAGUAUGCUACUUUUAUGUUUAUUUUUUAUUCUUUUAAUAAAGUUUGCAAAUUCC